AGGACUGUCUCUACGGAUAUGAAAUGGUUGGCAGUAAUACGUAUAAAACUAAAUAAAUAAAAGCACAUUUUCUUAAGUGCAAUAAGAAUUAUUUAACAACAGCAUGAUUACGCAUAUAUCUGCCAGCGGUCAUAGUAUUUGCGGUAAUUAUGGCUCUUCCUUGGCUCUCAGGAUCCCUUUCUGGGCUACUCUUGGAGACAGCGUCCCUAAAUUGUCAGAGGAAUUUCAGUGUAUCUGCUGUUGCUGCAGCCAUUCAAAAAAUGACAAGAGUACGUGUAGUGGACAACAGUUCUCUUGGAAAUACUCCAUAUCACCGUCCGCCGAGAGUGAUCCACGUCUACACCAAGAACGGCGUAGGAAAAGUUGGUGACAGAGUGUUACUUGCCAUUAAAGGACAAAAGAAGAAGGCGCUUAUCGUUGGACACAAAAUGCCCGGAGAGCGGAUGACUCCACGCUUUGAUUCUAACAAUGUUGUACUCAUUGAGGACAAUGGGAACCCCACAGGAACAAGGAUUAAAGUUCCUGUACCCACACAUCUACGUAAACUAGAGGGAGAUUACUCUAAAGUAUUGGCAAUUGCCGGUUCAUUUGUCUAACUGUGUCAAAUAUGUGAACAUUUUGUGAACAAGCUGUCUUCAAUAAACUUUAAAAGAACAGAUGCUAUUGCAAUA